UUUUCCCCUUCUACCCCGGCUGUUAGUGCUGUGUGUGAGUGUGUGCUCCGGAGCCUGGCCUCGGCACACAUUUCUUAUUAUUAAAAAAAUAUAAAAAAAAAAAAAAAUCACAAAACUCCUUUGGGAAACAAAACCCUAGAAAAAUCCCUUUCUACAAUUUAUUUUUUUUUCCUCCUUAAUCCAACGUUUUUUUCGGUUUUUUGUUUCCUUUUUUUUCUCCCGCGCCCUCUCUCUGAUUUUAAACGGCUCCAGAAAAAAAAAAUAACCACACGGAAAUAAGCAACGGAAGAACAACCAACCGACGACUUAUUUUAAAAAAAAAAAGGAAAAAAAAAUAGAAAAAAAAAUCGAAAUCGCUUUAAAAAAACUCUCAGUGAAGGAAAAAAUAACCCACCACCACCGAAGCGGCGAGGAGAAUCCCCGGGCAGGACAAGGCCUCAGCUCGUGAGAGGCAGCGAUUAACCGUCACUCCGUGCAGUUUGUGUUCAAUCUUUAUAGAAAAUGAAUCCAAGUGCUCCCAGCUACCCCAUGGCUUCCCUGUAUGUUGGAGACCUGCACCCUGACGUAACAGAGGCUAUGCUGUAUGAGAAAUUCAGUCCUGCUGGGCCAAUUUUGUCAAUCAGAGUCUGCAGGGAUAUGAUCACAAGACGAUCUCUUGGUUAUGCUUAUGUAAACUUUCAACAACCAGCUGAUGCUGAACGUGCUUUGGAUACAAUGAACUUUGACGUCAUAAAAGGCAAGCCAGUGCGUAUAAUGUGGUCUCAGCGUGAUCCAUCUCUCCGUAAAAGUGGAGUAGGCAACAUUUUCAUCAAGAAUCUGGACAAAUCCAUUGAUAACAAAGCACUGUAUGAUACAUUUUCUGCAUUUGGGAAUAUCCUAUCAUGCAAGGUGGUGUGUGAUGAAAAUGGUUCGAAGGGCUAUGGAUUUGUUCACUUCGAAACCCAGGAGGCUGCAGAGAGGGCAAUUGAUAAAAUGAAUGGCAUGCUUUUGAAUGACCGCAAAGUAUUUGUUGGGAGAUUCAAGUCCCGCAAAGAACGAGAAGCAGAGCUCGGUGCAAGAGCAAAGGAGUUCACAAAUGUCUAUAUAAAGAAUUUUGGUGAAGACAUGGAUGACGAGAGACUUAAAGAAAUGUUUGGCAAAUAUGGACCAGCCCUCAGUGUUAAAGUUAUGACAGACGAAAGCGGAAAGUCCAAAGGCUUUGGUUUUGUUUCUUUUGAAAGACAUGAGGAUGCCCAGAAGGCUGUAGAUGACAUGAACGGAAAAGAUAUGAAUGGCAAAGCAAUCUAUGUUGGCCGUGCCCAGAAAAAGGUGGAAAGGCAAACAGAGUUGAAGAGAAAAUUUGAACAAAUGAAACAGGACCGAAUUACUAGAUACCAGGGUGUUAACCUUUAUGUAAAAAACUUGGAUGAUGGCAUUGAUGAUGAGCGUCUUCGCAAAGAAUUUUCACCCUUCGGGACAAUCACAAGUGCUAAGGUAAUGAUGGAAGGUGGUCGAAGCAAAGGAUUUGGAUUUGUGUGCUUCUCCUCCCCUGAAGAGGCCACCAAAGCAGUCACUGAAAUGAAUGGUAGAAUUGUAGCCACAAAGCCUCUGUAUGUUGCUCUGGCACAGCGCAAGGAAGAGAGGCAAGCACAUCUGACCAACCAGUACAUGCAGAGAAUGGCAAGUGUUCGUGCUGUACCCAAUCCAGUGAUCAACCCCUACCAGCAACCACCCUCCAACUACUUCAUGGCUGCAAUCCCACCUGCUCAAAAUCGUGCUGCAUACUACCCUGGACAGCUUGCUCAGAUUAGACCAAGCCCCCGUUGGACUGCUCAAGGUGCCAGGCAUCCAUUCCAGAACAUGCCAGGUGCCAUCCGCCCUGCUGCUCCAAGACCACCAACCUUUGGAGCAAUGAGACCAACCUCUUCCCAGGUCCCACGUGUUGUGUCUGCCCAGCGCGUUGCAAAUACAUCAACACAGACCAUGGGUCCUAGGCCAACAGCUGCUGCGGCGGCUGCUGCUGCUACUUCUACUGUGCGUUCUGUUACUCAAUAUAAAUAUGCCGCUGGUGUCCGUAAUCCUCAACAACAUCUUAGUACCCAACCUCAAGUUGCAAUGCAGCAGCCUGCUGUCCAUGUGCAAGGCCAAGAGCCUCUGACUGCUUCCAUGCUGGCCUCUGCUCCUCCACAGGAGCAAAAACAAAUGCUGGGUGAGCGUCUGUUCCCACUGAUCCAAGCUAUGCAUCCUAAUCUCGCUGGUAAGAUUACUGGCAUGUUGCUGGAGAUUGAUAAUUCUGAGCUGCUUCACAUGCUGGAGUCUCCAGAAUCUCUCCGCUCUAAGGUGGAUGAAGCUGUUGCUGUGUUACAAGCCCACCAAGCUAAGGAGGCUGCCCAAAAGGCUGUGAGCAAUGCUACUGGCGUGGCUGCUGUUUAACAUGCAUGUAAAUGGAACUUCAAAGAACUUCACUGAAAAAUUUCAAAACAUGGAAAAACUUAAAUCUUGCAAAAACACUGCAAAACAAAAUAAAAUCACAUAAAAAAAGGAAAGGAAACUUCAAUGCUUACGUACGGAGUAAAUGCCAGGUCUGGCAGGUAUUGCUAGUCCUAGAUAUUAAAAAAAAAAAACAAAAAAAUAGAAAAAUAUAAAAUCAAACGUAAUGUUUUUUUAGACCCGGGGAAAGGCAUUUUGAAAAACAGUACGGGAAGUUAAGCAUUCCUUUCUUUAAUUUUUGUAAUUCUUUACUGUGGAAAAGCUCAGAAUUUCACCACAGUAGGUUGUGGGGAAUGAUAGCUGGGCAAAGAAACAUAAUUUGGAUUAUAAAAAAAAUUCUUGCUUUAAUAAACUUUACUUAAAACACCAUCAA